UUUUUUUUUUUCUUUUUCAUAAUAUAAUUUAUUAAAACACCAUAAACUCAAUAUGCCUGUUUCUACAUCUGAACGCCUUGCUAGUCUUCGUUCAGAAAUGAAGGGACAUGAUAUUAAUGUCUUCCUUGUGCCCUCGGAGGACGCUCAUCAGAGUGAAUACAUUGCUGAUUGUGAUAAACGUCGACAUUGGAUUUCAGGCUUUACUGGUUCUGCUGGCUUUGCGAUUGUAACCGAGACAGAAGCUGCUUUAUUCACUGAUGGUCGUUAUUUCUUACAAGCUUCUCAACAAUUAGAUGAUAAUUGGACUUUGAUGAAACAAGGACUUCCUGGUGUUCCUACAUGGCAAGAGUAUUUAGUCAAGAACGUUCCUGCUGGUUCACGUAUUGGUCUUGAUCCUACUCUUAUUAAUGCUGUUGAUGCUCAUCAACUUAAAACUCAACUCGAACCCUUGGGUUCUCAGUUGGUUCCUAUUCAUGAAAACCUUGUUGAUCUUGUAUGGGGGAAUGAUAGACCAGAAGCACCAAAAAAUAAAAUAUUUGUACAGCCUAUUCAGUACACAGGUAAAUCUGUUGAAGAGAAGUUAGAAGAAUUGCGUUCUCAUAUUAAGAGUAAAAAUGCCUAUGGUACUGUUGUUUCUGCCUUGGACGAAAUUGCUUGGUUAUUUAAUCUUAGAGGUUCUGAUAUUGAAUGCAAUCCUGUAUUCUUUUCUUAUGCUAUCAUUAGUGAGCAAGAAGCUAUUUUGUUUGUGGAUUUAAAUAAAGUAACAGACGAAGUGAAAUCACAUUUGGGUUCUACAGUUACAUUGAAACCUUAUAGCCAAUUCUUUACUUACCUUAAAGAAUUGAAUUUAAAUGGUGAAAACAAAUUAUUAGUUAAUAACAAAACUAGUUUAGCUGUUGAGGUUGCUGUUGGUGAGACAAAUAUAGUAGAAGAAAGAUCAUUUAUUACUGAUCGUAAAGCUAUAAAGACAAAAGAAGAAUUAGACGGUAUGCGAGCUUGCCAUCUUCGAGAUGGUGCAGCUCUUGUUCAAUACCUUGCAUGGCUUGAGGAUAAAUUACUUGCUGGUGAGAAAUUAAGUGAAGUAGAAGCUGCAGAUCGACUUGAACAAUUCCGUGCUACACAAGAACAUUAUGUGGGUUUGUCCUUCGCUACCAUUUCCUCUACCGGCCCUAAUGGCGCCAUCAUUCAUUACAAACCUGAGAAGGAGACCUGUAAAAUUAUUGACCCAUCCCAAAUCUAUCUUUGUGAUUCAGGUGGACAAUACCUUGAUGGUACAACUGAUGUCACACGUACCUUCCAUUUCGGUACACCCACUGCUUAUGAAAAGAGAUGCUUUACUCGUGUUCUCCAAGGCCAUAUUGCAAUUGAUGUCGCCGUCUUCCCUAAGGGGACAACCGGUUAUCUCUUAGAUCCUUUUGCUCGUCAACCUCUUUGGAAGGAUGGUUUGAACUUUUUGCACGGUACUGGUCAUGGUGUUGGCUCUUUCUUAAACGUUCAUGAAGGACCUCAUGGUAUUGGUAUUCGUCCACAUUUUAAUGAUACACCUUUAGCAGCUGGUAUGACUGUUACAGAUGAGCCUGGUUAUUACGAAGAUGGUAAGUUUGGUAUUCGUAUUGAAAAUGUUAUCUUAGUCAAGAAUGUUGAAACACCUAAUAAUUUUGGUGGUCGUGGUUAUUUGGGAUUUGAGCAUGUUACUAUUGCCCCCAUUGGUCUUAACUUGAUUGAUGUUGAUCUUUUGUCCUCCUCUGAACGUCAAUGGGUAAAUGAUUAUCAUCAAGAGUGUUUGACUAAGCUUGGACCUCUCGUAGCUCAUGAUGAACUUGCUACUGCAUGGCUUAAGAAAGAAACACAACCCAUCUAAAUAAAGUUUAAUAAACCUUCUUCCCUCUCAGUAAUUUCUUAAAUAAAUGUAUAUUAAGAGUGCUUGAAUAAGAUACGAAUAAAUUUCUAAAUUUGAAGCGCUUUAAUCAGGAUUUAAUAUAUUUCUGAGCAUCACAAGCACUAUAUUUUAUUUA